CCUACUUAGAAGACAUUGAAAUUGAUUAUGACUCUGAAGAAGAAAUUGAAAAUAAUUAUGGCAUCGCAAAUAAUAUGUCAUACCACUAUGAAGACAUUGCAAAUAAUAUGCCAUAUCUUGGCUAUCAAUGUGAAAUUGAGGAUUUCCAAGAUUAUACGUGGCAAAUCACUAAUUGGACAAGUUUAGAAAGGAGGACAACAGGUCCUGAAUUUGAAGCUGGAGGUUGGAAAUGGCGCAUUUUGCUUUUCCCAUGUGGAAACAAUAAUCCAAAAGCUGUUUCAAUUUAUCUGGAUUUUGCUGAUAAAAAAGAAGCACCCGCCGGUUGGCAUUGCUGUGUGCAAUUUGCUUUGGCAUUAUGGAAUCCUGAAUACCCAAAAUUCUGUGUUGUUCAUUAUGCGUAUCAUCGUUUCACUGCUGAAGAAUCAGACUGGGGAUUUACGCAGUUUUACGAACAAAAUAAGCUGUUUGUCCCAUCAAAGAUUCGUCCUCGUCUGUUAAUAGAAAAUAAUACCUGUAAUAUUACGGCCUUUGUUCGCAUUAUAAAUGACCCAAAGUAUUUAAAUGCCGAGUUGCAAUUAUUAUAUAGCAUAAAAUAUUUUCGCAAGGCGAUAUAUCAAAUCCCCACAGAAGAUGACGAACCAAUCAGAA